AUGGUCCGUCGAAAAAGUUUAAAAGUGCAGGAAAUGGAAUCUCGACUUACUGAAACAGUAUUAGAAAUUCAAAAUGGAAAGUAUAAGUCUUCAUAUGAAGCUGCAAAAGAACUGGGGCUUUCUAAAGAUACUGUGACGCGACACGUCAAAGGGGGUUCAUCGCGUUCUGAAGCACGUCAAUCGCAACAGAAACUUUCUGCUGUACAAGAGAAUGUACUUCUUAAAUGGAUAAAGCAAUUGAUAAUUAGCGGCUAUUCACCAGGCCAUCAGUUGUUAAAAGAAUUGGCUGAGGAGUUACGUUCAAAACAGACUUAUAAUUUGGAUUGCCCCUCAUUUGACUCCCUUGAACUCCUACCACAACACCUUCUUGGUUAUGAAUGGGUUCCACGAUUUAUCAAACGACAUCCUCAUCUUACAGUUGUUAUUGGCCAUCGAAUUGAAUCUGUAAGAAUGGAUGGUGCAACCAGGGAAAUAUGUAGUACUUGGUUUGAUACGUAUCAAAAAGCGAUUUAG